AUCGCGAGGACAGCAGCGAGGAGAUCCACUGAUCCAGGAGCUCGGUGACGGCCACCACACCCCCUUGUAUUAUAGAUACAAUGGCGCCGAUGCGAGCAUACCAACAAGUAGGUAGCUUGAUCCUCGACAGCCCCGAUGAGACUCCACGUCAAUCCCUUGGCUGUGGGCGCAGGCAACGCUGCUGCUGUUGCUGCUGCUCGGGGUGAACCCGACGGAGCGCGUACCUGCAAAAGACUUUCGCUCUCGCACGAGAUCAGCAGCAAUGCGUUCUUCGACCAAUUCUGGUGGUGGAGCUACGACGCUGAGCAGAGGCGCGCGAAAGGCCCAGACUCCGUCAAAUGGUGGCAGAUCCUAGGCAAGGUCAUGUAGACUAUGUCGACCAGCGCACAGCCAAAUCCCAAAAGCUCGUGUACACCGAGCCCGUGACGGGCCGCCUUGUCCUGCAGCCGGGCACCAGGCCAGUUGACUUCGCGACCAGUAACAAGGCCAGUCCAUCGAACCGGAUCCAACGCAAACAAAAGCUUGGCAACAGCAUCGUCAUUGCCAAGAUCUUGCGCAUGCCACAAUGCUGCGGCAGGUGCCCCGUGUACUGGAUCUUCGGAAAGGCCUCAUGGCAGACGACGCGCGAGAUUGACAUCAUGCGUCGCCGAGCGAACGGAACGCCACCUUCGCGCGCCCCCGACCGGCGUCCGGAGCGCUCUGCUCGCGCGCGCGCGCGAGAGAGAGAGGUGGCCUUGCUGAAUGAACUGUUGCUCCAUUUCAGCUCGAAGGCGUGGAUGAUCAAGGCACCAAUAUCGAAACGCUGCACACGCCGGCAGGCUGCGCAAUGUUGCCUUUCAACUCGGCUGCAGCGCUCUCCGACACGGGCUCCUCAGCAACAAUGAAUGCGACGAUCCGGCUCUUUUGGCCACAUCGACUACCAGACGCAGCCGGACUGUGGCAUCCACGUGGGGACGAAUGCGUCGUUCGGACCGGUUUAAAACGGCGCGGCGGCGGCGGCUAUGCCAUUAUGCGCCACAUC